GCGGAGUAGCAGGCCGAUCAUACAGUCGAAGGGACAGAGUUGCUUCUUGCAACAAUACUUCCCGCUCGGUCAGAGCUGUACUUCAUCACGCCGGCCGCAACCUUUCGGAAGUCGGAAGUGAACGUUUGAACGUUUGAACGCGCGAGGGCAUGGACGAUAUGAGCGACGCUGAAAUGGUCGUUUUGUCCGGUUGCAUUUCGAAUGCACGACUUGGACAAAGCCUGCUUUUUGCGAGCUGCAGUUUAUUCCUGUUUGAUUACGUCUUAACCGUCUCUGAGGAGGUCGAAUUCUUAUGGUGGCCGAAGCGUCUGACAUUGAGCUCUAUCGCGUUUAUGAUUGCUCGUUAUUUUGCGAUGACCAGCACGAUUAUCACUCUCCUACCUCAUGUCUCUCUUCGAGUAGAUGGCAUCAAUACUAUUCUCCGUUUGGUCGCAAUCGUUGCUUCAGAAUUCAUUGUAGCAGUCAGGACAUGGGCGAUAUGGGGAAGAGAUAAGAGAAUUCUCUGGACACUAGUUACCCUCUCAGUGUCUGCUGUUAUACCUGCCGCCGUCAUAGUGGCUUUCAGUGUCAAGACUAACCACGUUGAAGCUGUCAUAUCUCCCGCCUGGAUAGAUGUUUGCAGCGUAGUGAUCGGGGAUGUCAAGAACGGAUACGUCGUGCCCUAUGUUCUGACGAUCAUCUACGAAAUAGCUACUUUAUCUUUUUCUCUGAUCAGGAUCACUAAAUGGCGUAAAACCAUACCAAAGUCUGUAAGAGCACCGUUGAUUGAUACACUUUGGCAGGAUGGUGUAAUGUAUUUCUCUUUCAUGCUGGUUUUAGGGUUCAUGAACAUUGGCCUUGUAACACAAUCCGAGGCCAAUCAACUGCGGAAAGGAGGAGCGCAUCUACAAGCUGUUCUGCACAGCAUGCUGUCUACACGUUUAGUUCUGCAUCUUGCAGAUCCACACAACCCAAGAGAUAUCACCGCUGCUGGAUGCUCUGUAUACUACACAAAUGCGGAGAUCGAGUUCACUUCUCAGAUAUCCAUCUCGGAUGACUCGGCACGUUUACCUAUGAGGAGAUCCAGAGGAGAAGACAACGAACAUGGAUGAAGCUUGUUGCUUACCUGCUCGUCUCGGGAACAAGGGAGACAAGACGCACAUAUCCGCCGUUGAGGAAAGCAGGGCGUGUCCUCAGCUACCUAGCUGUGGGUGUCGGGGGCUCCUUAAGGAGGGCCAGAAGGAAGAGAUAUGGGGCCGCUGGAUACACCGAAGUAGUUUUUUACUUUACGGGUUACCAUAACUUUGUACAGGUAUCCCUCCACCGACCGUCCGCCUUCCGCUUAGCUUUAUCAAUCACAACUAUCACAACUGUCACUUUCUUUCAUAUGAAACUGCAGCUCAACAACUGAUUGUAUCUGUAUCUUCCUCAAAUGAGCCAGAUGAGUACGUCUUUAUACAGACUAAGGUUGCAGAUCGUUUC